AUGUCUUCUGAGCCGAUUUUGAAGGCCUCGGAUAUCUCUCCGGAACUGAAAGAUGCAGUUUUUGAAAUCAGCCUGAAAGCUGUUAAGGACUUUUCCUUAGAGAGAGAAAUAGCCGGAGUGGUCAAGAAAGAACUAGACCUCAAACAUGGCAACACCUGGCAUGUCAUUGUGGGCAAAAGCUUUGGAAGCUAUGUGACCCAUGAAAAGGGACACUUUUUGUAUUUUUACAUCGGUCCCUUGGCUUUUUUAGUCUUCAAGACCGCUUAG